UGGCACAGUUUCCCUCGUCUCACUGAUGACAACACUCUUCUACACUGAUUUAUCGGUGCUUGAUCUCGCAGGGUCACUUGUUCACGGUGCUGUUUGACCUUUGGCCUCCGUCCAACACACACACACACACACACACACACACAUACCGAGAGAGAGAGUGAACAGGGGCUUGGACAGACUUGGAGGAGAGAAAGACCCAAACAAACCAGACAGAACUUUCACCACUGCUGCUGCUCUGGUUCGUGAAUUCGAUUGAGUUAUUUCUGUGUUAAUUCUGUGAGAUUCCUGAGCGCAGUGAUGUUCAGCUACGGCAGGCCGAGCGUCUUCACCUGGACCGGCACUCUCAGAGAGUGUGUUCAUCAUCCCACAGAUGCUCGACCCACAGUCACCAUGGCGUCUCCCAGCUCCAGUGGACUUGAGGUUCUCCUCUCCACUUUGGAGAAUGCUGAAGACAUUGAGAACAUGCUGAACAUCCUCAAUGUGCUGGAUGAACUUCUCUCUGCAGGUACAGACCGGCGUAUUAACUACAUGAUCUCUAAAGGAGGAAGUGAAGCUCUUCUCUCAGUGCUGGUGAAAACAGCUCGGUCUAUGAGUCCAAACUUCACACUGCUGCUGCCCACACUGCACCUCCUCACUAAGGUGGGGCACAGAGAUCGCAUGAUGGGCGUGAAAGCAGAGAAAGCAGACGCUGUGUUACUGACACUCAGACUUUUACAGCAAAACUCAGAAAGCGACAGGAGAGCAGCAGCAUGUCUGUGGGUCAUCGCCACCUUCUGUUCCUCAGUGUCCACUGCCACGCUGCUAGGAGAGAAUCAAGCUCUGGAUGUUGUGUUUAAGCUGAUAACACCACCUGCUGCAAAACACACUCACAUGGUCAAGGCCGCCGUCCACGCCUUCGCUGCUCUCUUAUCCUCCAAGGAAAAUGGUCACCUGGCAGUGGAGAAGGGCUACAUCUCAGCCUUGGUGAGUGUUUAUGAAGACUGGCACAAGCAGGACACCAGGAACAAACACCUCGCCAUACGCAGAGCGUUCCUCCACUGCCUUCACAGAGCCGCCAAGACCAGCAGUGGGAGACACGCCCUCGUAUCUGAGGGAGGAGUCGCUGUGCUGUAUAACACCACACAGGCGUGUUUGUUGAUGAAGGACUCGGAGUCUCUGGUGGAAAGUGCACUUCAGCUCAUGAGGAAAUGUCUCCCAAAACUUCCUCUUCCUUUAAGUUCAGGUCACAGCACAUACAGCUUCCUGCUUCCUGGACACUCUGAAGAAUCCUGGGAGUCUGACUCAGAGGCCGAUGAUGUAAACAGUGAUGAUGACAGUGAUGAUGAACAAGACAACGAGGAGCCUGACUAUCACGAUUAUGAGGAGGAUUUGGAAACAGAUGUGAAUAAGCUGAAAGCUCGGCCAGAUCUGGAUCGGCCAAAGGAGCAGCUGGAUCAAUACUCACACUUUUGUCCUGAACUCCAUCACAACUUCCAGGAUCUGGACUCAGGCUCAGAGCGAGACGCGAGUCCAGAUGUCAAGGAAGUCCAGAAAUCCAAAGCAUUCUCCGAUAAUAAACAGAAGCAGGAAGAGGCGGAUCUGAAGGCCCGAGAUUUCCAGAGUCACUUCCUGAAGUGCUCUGGAAAUCAACAGGAAGCCUGUAACAGCAUGUUGGACAGCCUUCUGGGGAAAUACAGCACCUCGAUUCCUCAUCACGAUCCUCGGCUUUACAGCCGUGUGGCUGCUCACACAAAGUCCGUUGCCACAUUCUCCAUUUUGGCUUUUCCAGAUUUCUGGGGUCACUUUCCUCCAGCUGCACCUGAGCGCAUGGCUACCAGGAGACCUCACAUCCAGAGAAAGAAAGUUUUUGAAGACAUCCAGCGCUUCAUUUGUCCUGAUGACAUCAUCAACAAAGUGGUUUUUGAUAUUGAAGACCAAAGUCCAAAUUGUUCCAUCAAGGCUCCCACAGACUCUCUACGUUUCUUCUCCAAGUUUGAGAACGGGAACUUAAGGAAAGCUCUUCACAUCCGCAGACAUGAGUAUGAUUUGAUCCUUAAUGCUGAUGUGAACUCUUCAACUCAUCAGCAGUGGUUUUAUUUUGAAGUCAGUGGAAUGAUGGUGAACGUUCCGUAUCGCUUUAAUGUCAUCAACUGUGAGAAAAGCAACAGCCAGUUCAACUACGGCAUGCAGCCUGUGGUCUACUCAGUAAAAGAGGCACUAGAGGGAAGACCUCAGUGGGUUCGAACUGGAAGUGAGAUCUGCUACUACAGGAAUCAUUUCCAGCUGUCUAAAGGUCACAGAGGUCAUUGCUUUUACACAUUGACUUUCACCAUCACCUUUAGUCACGAGGACGAUGUGUGUUACGUGGCUUAUCAUUAUCCAUACACCUUCUCUGCACUGCAGUCUCACCUCCAGAUGAUGCAGCACUCUAUUGACCCUCAGAAGAUUUUCUUCAGACAUCAGAUACUGUGCAACACACUCGGGGGAAACGCCUGUCCUCUGAUCACCAUCACGGCCACGCCCACCUCACACACCUACAAACACCUGCACCAGCUUCGGAACAGGCCGUGUGUGUUCCUGACAGCGAGGGUCCAUCCCGGUGAGUGUAACUCCAGUUGGGUGAUGAAGGGGACUUUAGAGUUCCUGUGCAGCGACGACGCCGUGGCCGAGAGUCUGAGAGAGACGUUUAUCUUCAAAAUCGUCCCCAUGCUGAACCCUGACGGCGUGAUACAUGGCAACCACCGUUGUUCUCUCAGUGCUGAUGAUCUGAACCGUCAGUGGCUGAAGCCGAGUCCCGUCCUCAGUCCCACCAUCUAUCACACUAAAGGACUGCUGUAUUACCUCUGCAGCAUCGGCAAAACCCCGCUGGUGUUCUGUGAUUAUCACGGUCACUCGAGGAAGAAGAAUGUGUUUCUUUACGGUUGCAGCGUGAAGGAGACACUGUGGCAGUCCGGCUCUCCGAUUAACACCGCUUCACUUAAAGAGGAUCCUGGAUACAGAACAAUUGCUAAAACUCUGGACCGAAUCGCUCCAGCGUUCUCCUUCAACAACUGUAACUUUUUGGUGGAGAAGUCACGGGCGUCGACGGCUCGUGUGGUGGUCUGGAGGGAGAUGGAAGUUUUACGCAGCUACACCAUGGAGAGCACCUUCAAUGGCUGCAAUCAGGGCAUCUACAAGGACCUACAGACAGGGACACGUGAGUUAGAAGAAAUGGGGAUGAAGUUCUGUCAGAGUCUCCUCACACUCAGGAAAAACUCCAUCAACUACAGCAGUCACCUCAUCGGCCACGCAGCCGCCAUCCUGGACCUGGACAACGGCCUGAUGGACCACAAAUCCCACAACUGCUUUGAGGAUGACGAGCCUCCAUGUGUAGAGAACAUCGAGUACUCGUCCUACACUGAGAACCUCAGCGCUAACGAGCUGGACGAAGAAGUCGACAGAAACACGAGGAGUGGCGAUGAGGUUGAGGACGGUGAAGACGGCAGCAGGAAAAGCUGGUGCAGGAAGUCGUCCGUGUUCCCUCGCGCCUGCCAUCAGGAUCCAUUAGAGACUCAACAUCAACAACACCUACCUGAGCUAGGAGCUGGACAAAAAUCAGCUUCUUUAGAACAUUCAUGCUUUAAUUAUAGAGACGAGCUUUAAGGCUCAAACAAACAUCUGUAGCUGGACACAACACAAUUUAUUGGCAGCUAACUAGCAAAUCUGUUGAUAUUAAUAUAGCAGUGAUGUGUAGCGGUAAAUGUGCUUCUUUCGUUCUAAAGCUAGGAGGCUUAAUGAGGCUAAUAACAAGCAGAGCUAAAAACUUUACUCACAAUAAUUAUGACUUCAGUAGUAAAAAAUUAUUAACAAAAUUAUUUAAAAAUUAUUAAUAAAUGUAUUAGCAAGAAAGGGUUAGCAUUUUUAUAUAAGAUUUUCCUUCUCACACUAUACUAACAUACCUGACAAAAGUGCUAUGAAAAAAACUUGUUAGUGAUACGACCUCUGACCUCUGAAGUCAUCGUUUCCAGGAAUAUUAAAGCUUGUCUAGGGUUAGCCAGUUAAUCCUCGGGACUUUAACUUCAACGCUCAGGAUGAUGUGAGAACUGAAGAAUUUUCUAGAUUUAAUCAAAGAACAAAUGUCUUGAAUCUUAUUUGAAAAGUAAGAAUUCCCAGUGGGAAUUCCAAGCUACUCUGGUCGGAAAUUCAGCUGUCCCUGAAUAAUAUGCAUUUGAAUAUUCAAACGUGUUUGCAUAUUAAUGAGCAUUUAACAUGCACAUAAUUAGCGACACAAUGACUUCAGAUCACGUAAAUGACCCGAAACACAAAAACGAUCCAAUAAAUCCACUUUAUUUUUAAGAAUUUAGCUACAUUAGCUAGCUUAGCGCAUUCUCCCCCAUCCUGUGCUUACCUGUGAUGUGAUGUUUUAUUUUAAUGUUUCACGAAUUAAAGGACAGUUAGAGGAGACUUUGCACUAGGGAUGUGAUGGAUCACUAAACACGCACAUUUCAUUUAAAAACAGAAAAAAAGGACUCAGAAUAUUUUGUUCUAUAAGAAAUGGGAGUGAACUAACUUCAGAAAGUAAUUACAAUCUUCUUUUCUACACAAAUAGCAGUGACACAACUCUGACAUUUAAACUCUGGAGGUGUCUCGCUGUGAGACAACACAUUAUUUACCACUCGUGCUUAGUGUUGAACUCCUCCAGGCCUGAGCUGAACAUCUGAUAUUAAUGAUCAAUUACACUACAGAAAUAAAAAGAAAUUAAUUAUUAUUAUUAUUAUUAUUAUUAUUAUUAUUAUUAUUAUUAUUAUUAUUAUUAUUAUUUCCGAGACAUAGAAAGUGUAAAAAGGAAGUGAAUGUAAAUUGUUUUUAGAAUAAUUUGUCAUAUUUUAUGUAAAGAAUGUAAAAGGUUUCUUCAUUUAUUCUAAAAGUUUAUUAAAAUGACACAACAGCAGCACUUAAUGUUCUAUAUUCUGUACAUCUGAUUUCUCACACUGAAGUUCUGUAAAGUGUUUAUUUAUCUGAUUAGUGUAAGGAUUAAUACAGAUACUGUCACUGUGUGUGCUGAAUCUGUGUAACACACACACACACACACACAGGCACAUACUGUACACACACACAUAAUCACACACAGACACAUGCACUCAAACAAACACACGCACACUUAAACAUACACACACAAAUACACACACACUAAUACAUAAACACAUAAACGCACACAUGGACACACAAACACUUGCACACACAAACAUACACACAAAUACACACACACUAAUACAUAAACACAUAAACGCACACAUGGACACACAAACACUUGCACACUUAAACAUACACACAAAUACACACACACUAAUACAUAAACACAUAAACGCACACAUGGAGACACAAACACUUGCACACACAAACAUACACACAAAUACACACACACUAAUACAUAAACACAUAAACGCACACAUGGACACACAAACACUUGCACACUUAAACAAACACACAAAUACACACACACACACUAAUACCUAAAGACAUAAACACACACAUGGACACACAAACACACUUAUAAACACAAACACACAAAAUUACAUGCUCACUCACACAGAAACACACUCAUUGGUUCACACAAAUAUACACUUUUAAAUUCAAACACUAAAAUAAUGUAAACACCAACAUCCUGCAGUCUCGUGUCUGUAAAGAGAAUUACUGAAAACUGGAUUAAAAAUAAAAAUAAAAUAAAAUUCUGAAA